UCGUAUAUAUGCCCUAAAUUUUAUAUUUGCCUAUUUGACCUAAUCUGAUUUGGUUUGUUUGUCUUUUGUAAUUUGUAUCAAUUUUUAGUUAUUGAUUUGAUUGUUGUUAGUUUGUUACUUGGCUUACUGUUCUCUUUUGAGUUUUUGACCUAAAAUUGUAUAUCUGCUUUUAAUCUGAGGGCAGGGGAUUUCUAAGUGGGUAAAGAUAUAGCUCCAGGGAAUGGAGGUUUUGGUUUCUCAUCUACAGUGGUUUUUUGAAGCUAGAUAUGAAAGGAUUCUUGAAUCUAGUUACACAGCUAUCAGGAUGAGUGAUGAUGUUUUUGAUGGACAAAUGUUGGCCGACAAGUUGUUUAAACUCAACAGUUCUCAACAAAGUAUAGAGUCAUUAUCUCGAUUGUGUAUUUCACAGAGGAAGAAAGCCAGACAGAUUGUUGAAAUAUGGCAUAAAUCAUUCAAAUCUGCUCAGCGAGAGCAACAUGUUUCUUUUCUGUACCUGGCCAAUGACAUUUUGCAGAAUAGUAGGCGGAAGGGCAAUGAGUUUGUCAAUGAGUUCUGGAAGGUCAUGCCUUCAACCCUUAAGCAUGUUCAUGAACAUGGUGAUGAAAAUGGAAAGAAAGCAGCAUCAAGACUGGUUGGCAUAUGGGAUGAAAGGAGGGUCUUUGGAUCUCGGGGUCAGAACUUGAAAGAUGAAAUGCUUGGUAAAAGUCCUCUCCCUCAGUUGGCUAGCAAUGGAAAGAGCUCUAACCCCAUCAAGAUAGUGAAGAGGGAUGCUAACUCAUUGAGACUUAAAUUGGCUAUUGGGGGUACCCCAGAAAAGAUAAUGACUGCUUUCCAUUUGGUACAUGAUGAGAAUGCUACUGAAGAUACCGCCUUAAACAACUGUGAAGGUGCAGUUCGUCGGUUUGGAGAUUUGGAGAGAGAUAUUGAAAGUAAAGGAGUUCUACCAGGCCCUUCAUUGCUAGAGGAGAUCCAGGAGCAAGAAAAUGUACUACAAGAAUGUGUCAACCAACUUGAAACGGCUGAAAGGACUAGAACGUCAUUGAUUUCCCAGCUUAAAGUAGCACUACAGGAUCAAGAAUUGAAGCUGGAUGCUAUUCACAAUCAGUUGCAGGUUGCUCGACAUCAAAUUGAUCAUGCUGUGAAUUUGAGGAAGAAAUUAGUAUCACCUGCAACUCAAAACCAACCAGGUGACAUGACAAUUGUUGAUGGCCAGUCGAUGUCUUUUGGAACUACACAUGUUACUGAAGAAGAGAACAAAAAAGCUGCAGCAGCCGCUGUUGCUGCAAAGCUUGCUGCUUCAACGUCCUCUGCACAGAUGCUUACAUCUGUUCUCUCUUCUCUAGUUGCAGAGGAGGCUGCCUCAAUCAGCAGCGGUGCUGGAUUCUCCUCUACCAUGUUCUCUCCAGAAAAAAGACCUAAGCUAGAAAAACCAAUGUCAGUGUCAGAUUUAAGCAGCAAUUCUGAUGCUGUUAGUUCAGGAGGGUAUUUUAACCAAACAUCAUUUCCACCACCUCCUCCACCAUCCAUAACUUCUCCAGCUAAUAAUCAAUUUGUUCAGUCUUCUGGUUUAGUGAUGGGGGGGAUGCCUUAUGGAUAUGGGGGGGCUAGCAGCAGCCUACCGCCCCCACCCCCUUUGCCAUCACAUAUUGCAAUGGGGUUGAUGAGGCCUGCCACCCAUCACCACCAGCAAACUGCCAGUAGUGGAUACUACAGGCCUCCAGGGAUUGGAUUUUACGGGCAAAGCCAUCAGCCUACACCACCACCACCUGUGCCUCGCCAGUGAACUCGUCCGUUUUGUAUAUUAAUAAUAGGAAUCUAUCUAGACAGAUAAAAUACUAGCAGACAGUUUAUUUCACUGUAUUGUGUAUUGGUAUCCCUGUGCUUUCUAUGUUGCAAUAUACUCCAGGUGAGGUGUAACUAACUGCAAGUAAAUUUAACUGUGCCUUAUAUCGUAUUACUCAUAAAGAGUGGGCCCUUCUCAUUAUA